CAUGCCCGCCGUGGACAAGCUCCUGCUAGAGGAGGCGUUGCAGGACAGCCCCCAGACUCGCUCUUUACUGAGCGUGUUUGAAGAAGAUGCUGGCACCCUCACGGACUAUACCAACCAGCUGCUCCAGGCCAUGCAGCGUGUCUACGGAGCCCAGAAUGAAAUGUGCCUGGCCACCCAGCAGCUGUCUAAGCAACUACUGGCAUAUGAAAAACAGAAUUUUGCUCUUGGCAAAGGUGAUGAAGAAGUCAUUUCUACACUCCACUAUUUCUCCAAAGUGGUGGAUGAGCUGAAUGUCCUCCAUACCGAGCUGGCUAAACAGUUGGCAGACACGAUGGUUCUACCUAUUAUACAGUUUCGCGAGAAAGACCUCACAGAAGUCAGCACUUUAAAGGAUCUUUUUGGACUCGCCAGCAAUGAGCAUGACCUCUCAAUGGCAAAAUACAGCAGGCUCCCUAAAAGAAAGGAGAAUGAAAAGACCUCUGUUCCUCUCUUCUGGCUUUGCAAACUGGCUAUGAAACAGCACCUUGGGACCAGUGUGAAAGCUGAAGUUGGGAAGGAGGUGGCAGCCGCGCGGCGGAAGCAGCACCUGUCGGCCCUCCAGUACUACUGUGCCCUCAAUGCACUGCAGUACAGGAAGCGGGUGGCCAUGAUGGAGCCCAUGAUGGGCUUUGCCCACGGCCAGAUUAACUUUUUUAAGAAGGGAGCAGAGAUGUUUUCCAGAAGCAUGGACAGCUUCUUGUCCUCCGUAGCAGACAUGGUGCAGAGCAUUCAGGUGGAACUGGAAGCUGAAGCGGAAAAGAUGCGGGUGUCCCAGCAAGAAUUACUUUCUGUUGAUGAAACUGUUUACACUCCCGACUUUGAUGUGGCUGCACCAGAGAUCAACAGGAACCUCAUCCAGAAAGCUGGUUACCUUAAUCUCCGGAACAAAACGGGGCUGGUCACCACCACCUGGGAGAGACUGUACUUCUUCACGCAAGGCGGGAACCUCAUGUGCCAGCCCAGGGGAGCCGUGGCUGGGGGUUUGAUCCAGGACCUGGACAACUGCUCAGUGAUGGCGGUGGACUGCGAGGACCGCCGAUACUGCUUCCAGAUCACCACACCCAAUGGGAAAUCGGGAAUAAUCCUCCAGGCAGAGAGCAGAAAAGAAAAUGAAGAGUGGAUCUGUGCAAUAAACAACAUCUCCAGACAGAUCUACCUGACCGACAACCCAGAGGCAGUUGCGAUCAAGUUGAACCAGACAGCCCUGCAGGCAGUGACGCCCAUUACAAGUUUUGGGAAAAAACAAGACAGCUCCUGCCCCAGCCAGACUGUGAAAAAUGCAGAGGUGGAAAAUGACAAGAUAGUUCCCAAAGCAACAGUCAGUGCUCCCGAAGCAGAAGAACUGAUUGCACCUGGAACACCUAUUCAAUUUGAUAUUGUCCUUCCUGCUACAGAAUUCCUUGACCAGAACAGGGGGAGCAGGCGAACCAACCCUUUUGGUGAAACUGAGGAUGACUCAUUUCCAGAAGCAGAGGAUUCUCUUUUGCAACAGAUGUUUAUAGUUCGGUUUUUGGGAUCAAUGGCAGUUAAGACAGACAGCACUACAGAAGUGAUUUAUGAAGCAAUGAGGCAAGUUCUUGCUGCUCGGGCCAUUCACAACAUCUUCCGGAUGACAGAAUCCCAUCUGAUGGUCACCAGUCAGACCCUGAGAUUGAUAGAUCCUCAGACUCAAGUAUCAAGGGCCAAUUUUGAACUUACUAGCGUCACACAGUUUGCUGCUCAUCAAGAAAACAAGAGACUGGUUGGCUUUGUCGUCCGCACUCCUGAGUCCACAGGAGAACAGUCUCUGAGCACAUAUAUUUUCGAAAGCAACUCAGAAGGCGAAAAGAUAUGUUAUGCUAUUAAUUUGGGAAAAGAAAUUAUUGAGGUUCAGAAGGAUCCAGAAGCAUUGGCUCAAUUAAUGCUGUCCAUACCACUAACCAAUGACGGAAAAUAUGUAUUGUUAAACGAUCAACCAGAUGACAGUGACGGAAGCCCAAGUGAACAUAGAGGCGCAGAAUCUGAAGCCUAACUCACUUGCAUGUGUGGGGGAAGAGCACGCAGGAAGGAGAGCUACCUCCCUAAGGGUUUCCAACUUCUCUGCUACGCAGGCACACUGACCUGAUUUCAGAACGCUGACAAUCGUUUACGAAAGUACUUUCAAUGGCUUGACUUGAGACUUGGGAGGGAAACACUAAGAAACGGUUGACAACGUUCCUCCCCAUCAACAAAUGUUAUUUUAGGUGCUUUGUGGUAAGUCCUUUUCUUAGAUCACAUUGUUCAGUGCUCAGAAGGAGAGUUAUGAAAAAUGCAUUGUUCACUUUAUUUGAAUGUCAUCUCUGCAUUUUCCAUUAUCUUUUUUAAAAAUGGCAAAGCCUAGAUUUACAAUUUGAUAAACACUAAAUAUUUCCUAUUAAUAUAAUCUAUUUUUGUAUUUUACUUAAUGAGCUUUAAGUGCCUGUCAUUCUGAAGACUGUGUAUUUAUAAUCCAGCCGGUCUCAUCAUUGGACCUAACAGCAUUACCUUGUGCAUUGCGGUGAUAAGCGCUGUUUUGUGGCCCAAGCUCUAGCAGAGACGCAGGCCUAGUUUUGAUAACUGUUCCAGACAUCAUGCAAUAAAAAGACUAGCUGAGGAAUCCCACAACUGAUACUUAAUUUUACAGUAGAACCUUUCCGAACCAGCAUUCAGAAGUUUAAGGUCCUCCUACACAUGACUAUGGUGGGUCACUGUGAAGGGCGCAGCUGUACCAGUUCCUGUUUCUUCUGAGCCAGACCCUCCUCAAAGAAGGGACCGAUUAAUCUUAACACUCACUUGAAGCACAGCUGGUCGUGGGGUUUCGUAUAAAGUUCCUAUUUUCACCUGAUACUUCUGGUUCCUGGAAUCCCAGCCUACUUCCUGUCUGUAAAAUAAGUGUAACGAUCGGGAAUUGGUAAAGUGUGUUUAGUUGUAACCAAGUUCAACAGACUAUCGUUAUCUUUGUAAUAAAUUAACAUAGCAAUAAAAAUUAUUCUGUUUC